AUCCAUCCAUCUCUACAACAUACACCCUUCCCUAUCCAUUUCACUCUAUCUCCCUCUCCUUCAGUAUAUAUAUAAAUAUAUAGUUCAAUAGCCUUCCAGCUAGCGAUGGCAACAAUGCCGUCCAUCGUCUUCUUCCUGAUCGUCUUCAUGCUCCUUUCCAGUGCCAUAGCUACUCAAGCUGCUGGUGGCUCUGGCCCCAGCAAACCUAAGGCGACAAGCCUCAUGGUGGAAGCGUGCAAGAACGCCUCGGGUGAGAGUGACGACCCUGAUGUCACACAGGAAUUAUGUUUGUCGACCUUUCAGUCGGACAAUCGGAGCGCCGAGGCUAAAGACCUCCCUGGCUUGGUGCUCGUCUCCAUCGACAUCCUUAAGGGCCGUGUCACUGAUGUUGACGUCAAGGUGAAGAGAAUGCUUCAAACUUCUAAGAAAGGCACGGUGGCGAUGUACGCUCUCAGUAUUUGUGAGGUGCAAUAUGAGAACGCGGUGAGGACGCUCAACAUCUGCCAAGCAAUGAUAAAGGAUCACCCUGCAGGUCACCUGCAAUCCAUGCAUCUGCCCCGAUGUGUGGAUGCCGCCGAUUACAAUGCCAUAGAAUGCCGUAUUAAUCUUGAAAAUGUGCCAGGGGUGGAGCCGCUACUCACUGAUAACGAGAGGCUGCACAUCCUCUUCAACCUCAACCUUGCCUUGGUUGCACCAUAUAAUGUUGGUCAUUAGUACUCCUGUAUAAUGUUUGUUUGUAUCUGCGAGAAAGGAUAAUAAUGAUAAUGCCAGUGAUUACUUAGUUUACUCUUA